CCCAUGCAGAGGGUAUUCCUCAAAAUCCCUUCUCACCAAAAAAGUCAAGUUCUACUUUGGAGCAGCUGGAUAACAAAAAUUGGUUUGAGGAAGGACUUUAGGCUCUGGAAGGACUCUAUCUACACUGGCUCCUCUAAGGAAAUGGACGUGCAGGCAAAUGAAGACGUCCCAUUGCAUGACGAGUUUCUGGUCUGUGGCGAAGUUGUGACCCACGUGCUGAAAUGUGGGCCUUGGUCGGACCUCUUCAACACUGAGGAUCACAGCAGCCCGAAGCUGCUGGUCCUCGUCGUUACAGGUAAUCCGGGGAUUCCUGCCUUCUAUGCGGAGUUUGUGAAGGCUUUAUACCUUAGCCUGGAGAAGCGCUACCCGGUGUGGGUCAUAAGCCAUGCCGGCCAUGUUUCUGUCCCCCAUGGUGCCAAGGUGGACGAGGAGAGGCCGGAAGAUCCAAGUGGCAGCAAACUGGACGAGGAUGCCUUUGGACUCGAAGGGCAGGUGGAACACAAGCUGGCCUUCCUGAGGAGGCACGUGCCGGCCACCCUGAAGCUGGUGCUUAUCGGCCACUCGGUGGGCAGCUACAUGCUGCUGGAGAUGAUGAAGCGCGCCCCUCAGCUUCCGGUUCUCCGCUGCUUCCUGCUGUUUCCAACCAUAGAGAGAAUAGCGAAGUCGCCCAACGGCAAGGUGAUGACUCCUCUCCUCUGCUGGCUUCGAUACGCCCUUUACGUGCCCAUCUACAUUGGCCUUAGCUUAGUCCCGGCCAAAGUCCUGACCAUGUUGGCCAGCGUGUUUCUUCAGAGGCUCAAAUUGAAGAAUGAAAUCACAUCUCGACACGUGCUGAACUCACUCAACGUGAGCUGCAUUGCCAAUGCCAUGUAUCUGGGAAGCCAAGAGAUGAGGGCCAUUUUGGAGAGAGACAACUGUACCAUCCAGAAGCACUUACAGAAGCUGACGUUUUACUACGGAAGCUCAGACGCGUGGUGCCCGGUCCAGUACUAUGAAGACCUCAAGAAGGAUUUCCCCGGUGGGGACAUUAAGCUCUGUGAGAAGGGCAUCGAGCACGCCUUCAUCAUGUCUUCCAACCAGGAGAUGGCGGCCAUGGUCGCGGGCUGGCUGGAAGAUGACCUGUCCAAGCUCUAGCUGGGAGGACGGGAGCGGCGGUGAGGGGGGCUCCGUGGGAAGUGGGUAGCUAAGGAAAUCUUCACCGGGUGAUUCUCGUGGGGAGGGGGCAGCUUAGAAGGAGGGGCUUCCUGGAACAGAGCCCCCAGUGGGAAUCUCUCCUCAAGGACCAGGCAAGCAGCAAGACUUGACUUCUCUAGGGAAUGGGAAGCACACAUUCCAUUCCGUGACAACCCAGUGAGUAGAUGCAGGACCCUCCGGGAGGGUCAGUAAAGUUCUCAAAAUUCAGAAUUAGGAAAUAGAAACCUGUGGCUUCUUGUGUAUCAUCAGUGAGAAUGUGUCCCAUGGCGUGUGUAGGAGACGCCCCUGGGAAGCCUUUUGGGCCGGCCCAGCCGAGGGAGUUCAAAGCAGAGCCAGCGCUUACAUUUUCACAGGAGGGCUCGGUCAGGCAUCGCCCUGGCGGGGCUGUUUGAGAAGGUGGUGUCGGCCUGGGACGAGCCCGGCCAGGGAGUUAGGAGCUGGGGGCCCCGGAGACAGCCCCUCUUCCUCCUCAGCUGGAAAAGGAACGCUUAGGUAGACCAGGGGAGCUCGAAGACCCCUCCCUGCUCUGGAAAAGAAGACAGCGGCCGCUCAGGCCUGGGAGGCCGAUGCUUGGUUUGCCUCCCAAGUGGGGAGCCUUGACAAAGGGCCGAGUGCCCUAAACUGGCCACAGAAGACCCACCUCCCCUCCUCUCUGAGCUUUGGCUCCUUGUCCACAAAACGUGGGCCUCCCCGUGCCGAGGGCUGCGCUAUGACUGUAACCGUGACCCCUCCCCCUCCAUCUCCAGACGUCUGUUUUCUGUCCAUGUGAGUGCAGGGCUCCAAGGUUAACACGUAGUGAGGCCGGGGCAGCUGGGUGGCGUAGUAGAUAAAGCACCAGCCCUGGAUUCAGGAGUACCUGAGUUCAAAUCCAGCCUCAGACACUUGACACUUACUAGCUGUGUGACCCUGGGCAAGUCACUUAACCCCCAUUGCCCCGCAAAAAAAAAAAAACAAAAACCAUGUAGCGAGGCCUCUGGGGCCUGUGACGCUUGGGCCCAGCCUCAGACCCACGCCCACCAGGGGAGGAGCACAGUCCUCCAGGAACCUUCGUACUCACCACAUGACGUGAGAUGGAGUGUCAGGACAUCGUGGGGCACCGUCUCCUUUUGGCUGUGGCUUCAUGGUGCAGUUUUAGCGUGCUGAAUUAAAGACCAAGAAAGCUCCUGAAUCACCCAAUAAUAAAUGCAUCACACUUUGAAA